GUGCAGAAAGGGUCGUAUGCAGACGCACUCACUCACUCACCGCUUCAGCAGGCCUACAGAGAGCAGCUAACCCUGGUGUAAAUAUGUCAGUGGGGAUGAAUGGAAAUGACAUUUUCCUGUAAUCCUGAUGUGAUCUGAUUGUCAGGAGGUGGAUCCGCUCAUUAUGUGUCCUGAUGCCGUGGUGGAGAAGCAGUGAAGAGUGUGAGAGCAGUGAUAUGGAGACCGGGCCCUCGGCCCCCGGCGGCCCUGCUGUGGUGCUGGGCCUCCAGAGACUCUCUCUGGCCUACCAGAGCCUCGUGGAGAUUCCCUACGACGCCAUCCUUCAGCAGCGGGACACUCUGGAGGUUCUGGACCUCAGUUACAACUUGCUGGACGAGAACCCGGCUCUUUUGGGCAGUUUGGAGAAGCUCGGCACACUCAUCCUGGACUGCAACAACUACAGCGCGCAUGUCAAAUUCCCCUACAUGCCCAGCCUCACCACCCUGUGGAUCAACAAGAACAAAAUCAGCAACCUGCCCAUUAUUGUGGAGGAGAUCUGCUGCAAGUUCCCAAACAUCAAAAUUCUCAGUAUGAUGAACAAUGAAGCGGCACCCAGUUACUUUAAUGGAGGCAGUUUCACGCAGUAUAUGGAUUACAGGGAGUAUGUGAUCAGUCAGAUCCCCGGUCUGGAGGUGCUGGAUGACACAGAGGUGCAGGAGAAAGAGCGUGAAGUGGCCCGAAAGACCUACAGGAUGCAGAGAAUGAGAGAAGGCAGCCGGAGGAGGAAGGACCUUCAUCGCUAACACUAAUCAUAUCACACGCUUCCCCCGGGCCUCGAGCCAAGCCUCUUAUAAUCCACAACAACC